AUGUACACAAAACUUCUCUCCCACGAAUCUAUAUACUCAAAACUUCCCUCUCACGAAUCUAUAUACUCAAAACUUCCCUCUCACGAAUCUAUAUACUCAAAACUUCCCUCCCACGAAUCUAU